AUGUCAACAACAAGAAAAAAAAUAAAUGAAUCAGUGAGGAUGGAGAUAAGUAGACCUUCAUCUAGUUCUUCACCUGCAUUAGUUGGAUUACAACAAGAUUUAGAUGGAAAUCAUUCAAUUGGUUUUAUGCCUACAAGUAUUAGUGAUGGUAAUGAUUUAGGAGAUACAAGAAGACAUCAAUUUGGACUUCAAAGAGCUUCAUCAUUGGCAAAUAUAUCUAUUGUAUCAUCAGAAGAAAAUUCAACAUUACCAUUAAAUUCUAAUCAAAAUAAUAGAUAUAAUCAAAUGUCUCAAAGAACAAGAGAUACUUUUCUUGUAAUAAAUGAAAAUCAAAAUAAUAAUGGUCAAGAAUUUUUUGAUAAUAGAGAUGUACCAACUUCAUCAGAAGAAGAUCAUCAUAACAAUACUCGUGAACAAACGGGGAAUGUUAAUAAUGAAGAUAUUAAUUCUUAUACAACGACUUUCUUUGGUUUUGUUAUUUCAAGUUUACGUGAUCUAUAUACUAACAGAGGAUAUUUCGCAUUAAAUAAUCAACAACAAGAACAAAGAGAUGAUAAUAAUGUAAAUAAUUCAAGGCCAUUUUUACAUAUACGACGUAAUGCUAUUAGUAAUUGGAUAGCAAUAGCUAUACCAUUUUUUAUAUUAACAUUUUUAAAAGUAUUUAUGGAUAAUUGUUUGGCUGGUGUUGGAAUAAUAUUAAUGAUUUUAUCGCAAAAGACUGUUGCCAGAAGAUUUUUUGGAAAAUGUUCUAAAAAAUUAACAAUUGUUAUGAUAAUUGGAACAAUAUUUAGGAUUUGGUUUUGUAUAACAUGGUUUAAUCUUGAUUUUAUGUUAUAUUCAAUAAUAUUACAAGAUAAAAUAAGUAAAUGGCCACCAAAAAAUAUUUCAACAACAUUAUUUGUUACUUUUGUUACAGAUCUCUUUUUUAUAGAUAUAAUUUUGACAUUAAAAAUGUUGGUAUCAUUAAUACCAUAUGUUCAACAACAUAAAAUAAGAAGUAUGUAUCAAUGGAUUGAAAUGACAGGAAAAAUUUAUGCUCAUAUAUUACCUAUGGCUCAAUGGUUGGUAUAUUUUGAAUCAUUAUUUCUACAAAUUUUAUAUAUAUCAUUAAAGAUUAAUUUUUCAUCAGUAAUCUUAUAUGAUUUUUGGAUGUGCACAAAAACAAUUAUUUCACCAACACCAUUUCCAUCAACUAUACCAUCUCCAGAAGAUUUAGAAAAAGAUUCACAAUGUGGAAUAUGUUACUCUAAUUUUAUGAAACCAUUAAAAUUAGAAUGUAAUCAUAUAUUUUGCAAAGAAUGUAUUUCAACAUGGUUUGAUAGAAAAGAUACUUGCCCUUUAUGUAGAACAUUAGUACAAAAAUUUAAAAAUGAAUAUAAAGAUGGUCAAACAACUUUUUUACAUCCACUAUUUUAA